AUGAGGAGUGUAGCAGGCUCUGAUGCCAAACCACUACGGGAGCCCAUCGCGGUAGUGGGGAGUUCAUGCCGCUUUCCAGGUGGCGCCAACUCCCCAUCGAAGCUGUGGGGGCUUCUGAAGAACCCCGAGGAUCUCGUGCGGGAAAUCCCCCCCAGUCGGUUUGAUACCAAGACGUUCUAUCAUCAGAACAGCCAGCACCAUGGAAGCACCAACGCCAGAUAUGCCUACAUCCUACAAGAGGAACCGCGACUCUUCGAUCGAGAUUUCUUCAACAUCAGCCCCAAGGAGGCCGAAGCGAUGGACCCUCAGCAGCGGUGUCUUCUCGAAACCAUUUACGAGGGCGUGGAAUCGUCGGGCUACUCGAUCCCUCAGCUACAAGGAUCAUCCACCGGCGUCUUCGUCGGCGCCACGUGUUUUGAUUACCAAUUCGCUGCCAUGCGCGGCUUCGACAGCCUCCCACAAUAUUAUGGCACCGGCGGUUCCAUGGCGAUCCUUGCCAACCGCAUAUCAUACUUCUUCGACUGGAAAGGCCCGUCGAUUGCGGUCGAUACGGCUUGUUCGUCGUCCUUGGUAGCGCUGCACCAGGCCGUCCUUUCUCUUCGGAGCGGAGAAACAGACAUGGCCAUUGCCGCAGGAGCGAACCUCAUUCUGGGGCCGGAGCUUUUCGUUGCCUAUUCAAAUUUGAACAUGUUGUCUCCAAAUGGCCGAUCUUAUAUGUGGGAUUCCUCUGCGGACGGGUACACGAGAGGCGAAGGCUUCGCCUCGGUGGUUCUCAAGACGCUGAGCCAAGCUAUUGCCGACGGUGAUCACAUUGAAUGCAUCAUCCGCGAAACCGGCGUGAACUCAGAUGGUCGGACUCCAGGCAUCACGAUGCCGAGUGCAGAGUCUCAGGCUCAACUCAUCAGAGACACAUACAUGAGGUGCGGGCUGGACCCUGUACGCGAUCGCCCUCAUUACUUUGAGGCUCAUGGGACUGGGACUCUGGCAGGAGAUCGUGAGUCGGCACUGGCGGCAAAGGCAACAACGCUGGCCCGCUACUUGCGGGAGAAUCCUCAUACCGAUCUCGGCCGGCUUACUCGCACACUGUUCCAGAGGGCCGACUUCCACUUCCGGGCUGCUUUCCCCGUCACUUCUGCGACACAGCUUGCGGAGAAGCUUGAAGCACGCGCAGAAGGGCUCAAGAAGACGGUGCGAUUCCCGUCGAUCCCAAAGACCCUUCCUCUUCGCAUCCUUGGUGUCUUCACCGGGCAAGGCGCCCAAUGGGCCACCAUGGGCAGGGAGCUCUACGAAGCUUCAUCCGUGUUCCGCACGACCCUGGAUCAGCUCCAGGGCAGCCUUGAUACGCUUCCCGAAGGCGACCGGCCUGUCUGGACUCUGAUCGACGAGCUGUCCAACCCCAAAGAGACGUCCCGGAUUGGCGAAGCCGCCAUUUCGCAACCUAUUUGCACUGCCCUUCAGAUUGCUCUCGUGGACACCCUACACGCGGCCGGCGUCGAUUUUGCAGCAGUUGUUGGACACUCGUCUGGAGAAAUUGCCGCUGCCUACGCUGCCGGCUACCUUGACGCUUCGGAUGCUGUCCGAGUCGCGUACUACAGAGGGUUUCACUCUCCUCUAGCACAGGGACCGGACGGGAAACGCGGCAAGAUGAUGGCGGUGGGGAUGGGCUUGGAAGCAGCAUCGGUCUUCUGCAGCCAGAUGGGCACAAAUCUCAGAGUCGCCGCUAACAAUUCGCCGGCGAGCUGCACUUUGGCCGGAGAUGCUGUCCUGGUUGAUGCAGCCAAAGAGCUGUUGGACCAGGAGAAGGUGUUUGCUCGCGUGUUGGCAGUGGACACGGCGUAUCACUCUCAUCACAUGCUGCCAUGUGCCAAACCAUACAUUGAAUCGCUCCGUAGAUGUGGCGUCAAGGCUCUGCAGGGACCCAAGAAGUGCGAGUGGUACUCAAGCGUCUGGGGAUCGAAUGACCGCAGUCGUUUGUUCAAUUCCAAAGAGGGUCUUGAGCUGCUCGAGGGACAGUACUGGGCUGACAACCUGACCAACACGGUGUUGUUCUCCCAGGCAGUGGACCGGGCUUUGUCGGAAGAAUCCCUGGUUUUGGACAUGGCACUUGAGGUAGGACCACAUCCAGCUCUCAAGGGGCCAAGCUCCGAGGUGAUCAAACAGGUCACCGGGCUGAGUCUUCCGUACUCCGGUGUCCUCCAACGUGGGCAGAGUGACAUUGAAGCAUUUGCCGAUAGCUUGGGACUUGUGUGGACGUCUUUCCCGUCGUCGAGCCCUCUGAUCACCUUGGACGGUAUUCAGCGGGCCUUGCCUCUGGCCGGCCCCGAGAAGCCCAGCACUCUCAAGGGCCUCCCAACCUACCCCUGGGACCAUGAUAUACUCGUGUGGCGUGAGUCGAGGACGUCCCGGCUCUUCCGCCAGAACCAGCCUCUGCACGAGCUGCUCGGUCGCGCGACAACGCUGGGAGAGCAAGCCAGGCGCGAGGUUCAUUGGCGCCAAGUCUUCAAGUUGAGCGAGCUCCCGUGGAUCAAUGGUCAUACCAUACAGGGCGAGGUCCUCUUCCCGGCGACGGGCUACGUGACCAUGGCAUACGAGGCCGCCGUGCGCCUUGUCGAUGACCAGCAAUCUGUGCAGCUUAUUGAGCUACACAAGAUGGACAUUGUGCGCACCAUGGGGAUGCAGGAAGAUUCCGCGGGCCUCGAAGUCCACUUCACUCUACGCGUUACAAGCCAGACUGACAGCUGCAUUGUCGCCGACAUGGCUUGUUACAGCGGGGAUGUCAACUCGACCAAAACCGAAGGCCCUGUCGGCGCCCUCACGGCACAUUUCAGCGGUAGCGUGAGGAUCUUGCUGGGCUCCUCUCGGAAUGAUGCGCUCGCGAUCCGAGAGAAGCCCCUACUGCCCAUGAACACUCUAGAUGUUGACGAGUUCUACUCAUACCUGUCCAAGAUUGGCUAUAACUAUUCUGAUCCUUUCCAAGCCGGGUCGGUGGAUCGUCGCCUCAACCAUGCCGUGGUCUCCGUCGCGUCGCCGCCUGCCUCUGAUUCGAUACGUGCUUCAAUCCACCCUGCAGUCCUCGAUACCGCCAUCCAAGGUCACCUUGCCGCUUUUUCGUACCCAGAGGACGGAAGGCUCGGGACCGUCUAUCUCCCCACGGGCAUCGAUUGUGUCCGCAUCAACAUGGCGACGGUGGCCUCUCCGGGUGGCCUGAUGGCUGACUGUACCCUGGUGACAUCAGACGAGAGGGAACUCACCGGUGAUGUAGAUCUUUUCAAUGCGAGCGAUUCGACCGUCCAGGUCCAAAUGCGUGGAGUCCACUGGACCGCCUUGAACCAGGGCCGAGAGCGUUGGCUCUAUGCAAGCGAAACGUGGGUGCGGGAUGCAGCUUACGGACUCGAGCCCAGUCUCAAGAUCGAGUUCUCCCGGGAGGACGAGGUGUUGCGGAGGCUGCUGGUUCGCACGGCAUACUUUUACCUACGGAGGCUUCGCAGCCAGAUCAAGAAGUCUGAGAUGUUGGUCAUGGGAAAACAUCGCCGGCAUAUGAUGAAAUGGGUGAGAGACCAUCUGUUCCCGCAGAUCGAAGCGGGCAAGGAGGUCCCCGACUAUGAGCCGGGAUGGGAAAAUGACACACUGGAAGACGUCGAGAAAUGGAGUGCCCCCUACGUUGCGUCGGAAAACAAUGACAUGCUCAUACUGCAUGCCGUCGGAAAGAACUUGGCCCCCAUUGCUCGUGGGCUCAUGCCAGCCCUCCAGGUCAUGUUGAAGGACGACAUGCUUGAUCGCUUGUAUGUGGAGGGAGUGGGUUUUGCUGACGGCAACGUCGAUCUGGGGCACUUGGUCAAGCAGCUGGCACACAGGUUCCCGCGCAUGAAGAUUCUCGAGGUCGGGGCCGGAACGGGCGGUACCACACGAGCUGUGCUUUCGGCCGUGGGCGACCAUUACGCAUCGUACAUGUACACGGACAUCUCGGCCGGUUUCUUUGAGCCGGCAAAGGCGAAGUUCAAUGAGCAUGCAGGUAAACUGUCGUUCAAGACGCUGAAUAUUGAAAACGACCCGGUGGAUCAAGGGUUUGUCCAAGGGGCGUAUGACAUGGUUAUAGCGUCCAACGCCCUACACGCGACUCGUUGCUUGAAAGAUACGCUCAGCCAUUGUCGUCGCCUGCUUCGGCCGGGCGGAUACUUGGUAUUACUGGAGAUCACAACGAACCAUCUUCCCAUACAACUAAUCAUGGGCACGCUCCCGGGCUGGUUCUUGGGUGCUGACGAAGGCCGUGUCUGGGUACCCACGCUCAGCCUUGGUGAAUGGGACAAGUCGCUUAAAGAAGUUGGCUUCUCCGGCGUCGACACGAGCUCAACGCCUUCCUUCUGUUCCGCCAUUAUUUCCCAGGCAACCAACGAUGCUUUCCAGACCCUUCGAGAGCCGCUUUCUGUCCAUUCACCCCAGACAGGACAGCCCCUCAGCAAUGUAUUGGUUGUCAGUGAUGUGGCUUCCGAGUUCGCCACCAAGUCGCAGUCACUACUCGCCAACCACAGCAGUGUUGUCCAAUGUGACUUGGCGGGUCUCGAGGAAAUGGACCAAAAGUGUCCGAUCGGAGCAGUCGUCCUCUGUCUCUGCGACCUCGGCAGCCCCGUCUUCGAUGAGAUGACCGAAGCCAGAUUCAAAGCCAUGCAGACUGUCUUCCGCAACGCCAGUGCUGUGCUGUGGGUGACCUCGGGCGCGGCUUCGGGCGAAUCUCCGCUGGCCAAUGUGACCAUCGGCCUGGGUCGCACACUGCUGGCUGAGCACAGUGAGUUGCGGCUUCAAUUCCUCGACACGGACCAACCCGCAUCGCUUGACCCAUCGUUAGUCGUCACCCUUCUCCUCAGACUGGCCGGAAUGGAUCAGCCUAGUCCAAGCGAGAGUCUCUGGACUCACGAACCCCACAUCGCUCUCAGAGACGGCGCCCUCUACAUUCCACGGGUUCUGCGUCUGGAUAGCAUCAAUCGCCAGUCCGCGGCGGAGAAUCAACAAGCCGCCACGGACAAGCUGACCGACAUCUCGCCCGCGGACUCGGCUGUGGGCACGUUGGAGGAAGACAGUAGUCGCAGCGAUACCGCCGCGUCUAGCCUUGUCGAGCAAAAGGCGACGUUCGCCGACGACAAGACGUAUAUUCUUUUCGGCAUGACGGGGGAUCUUGGAAUCUCCAUUGCUCGAUGGAUGGUGGACAAUGGCGCCCGACACGUUGUACUGACCAGCCGGCAUCCCAAUGUUGGGGCUGGAGUAUUCGAGUUCAUGUCGCAACAGGGAGCUGUGUUACGUGUCGUAUCCGUCGACGUUAGGCAUAAAGAAAGCCUGACAGCGGCAUAUGGCGAGAUCAAGUCUAGUAUGCCUCGGAUUGGCGGUAUCAUCAACGGUGCCAUGGUGCUUCGGGACCGUCCCUUUGUCGACACCUCCUGGAAUGACUUUGAGGCGGUGCUGGCACCCAAAGUGGCGGGGACACGAAACCUUGACGAGCUAUUCGGCCAAGAUGAAGCCUUGGACUUCUUUAUCAUGCUCUCGUCGGCAACGUCCAUCGUGGGCAACAUUGGGCAAUCUGCCUACAGCGCGGCAAAUCACUACAUGGCGAGUCUCGUGAGGGGCCGACGCAGACGCGGACUGGCGGGCUCCGUCGUCGUCAUUGGUUUCCUGACGGGACUGGGGUAUAUUUUCCGUUCAGAGAAGAAGCAUCUCGCCGCCAUCGAGAAAUCGCUGCUGCCAAAGCUCGAUAGGCAAGCCGAGACAGAUCUGCACCACAUGCUGGCCAAAGCGAUUGAGUGCGGGAAGCCCGACUCGGACCAGCCAUCCGAGCUCAUUACCGGGAUCAGGAAGGCGUUCACCGAGGCGUGGCAUGAAGAUGAGCGACUGUCGUGCUAUCUUCUGCAAGACGGUGCGCAAGAAGAGAAUUCCGGCCAGGAACAGGUUGACGGAAACGUCAAGGUGGAGGUUCAGCUGGCGACAAGUGAGGAUCCAAAGGAGAGUCUAGCCAUCUUGGUCAAGUGCUUUUCCCAGGCCCUGGGCAAUAUGCUUCAGCUCGACCCGGCUGAAAUAGACGCCAAAAUGCCAGUGGCCGAACAUGGAGUCGACUCGCUCGUCUCGGUUCGCAUUCGCGACUGGUUCUUGAAGGAGCUGGGCGUUGACGUGCCCAUACUGAAACUCAUGUCGACCAACCACACCCUGACGCGAGUAUGCGAGGACGCUCUGGCAGGAUGGCGCAAGCUUCGUCUGGGGUCUCAGGCAGAGUCGCAGCCAGCAGCUGCCAAGGCUCCAGAGGACCCAGAGAUGGACUGGCAAAGGGAAGUGUCGCGGGUUCUCGACGGCAUCCCUGCCCUCAUCCCACCCGGCACGGACUCGAUCAAGGACGCGCCGCGGAACAGCGCUCGCCGCAUCGUCCUCACAGGGUGCACGGGAUUCCUGGGCACCAACAUGCUGCGCAACCUCGUCGCAGAUGACAGCGUUGCAGAGGUGCACUGCCUCUGCCUCCGCUCACGGCCUUUGCGCGUCGAGGAUCCCAAGAUCCGCCAGUACAGGGGCGAUCUGGUCAAGCCGCUGCUGGGGCUCUCGACGGACGACUUCAAGCGCCUCAGCCAGACGGCCGACAUGAUCAUCCACGUCGGCGCCGAUGUCGCCCACCUCAAGUCGUACGAAAUGAUGCGAACCGCCAACGUCAUCUCCACGCAGACCCUCCUCGCCAUGGCGACGCCGCGUGGCGUUCCGGUCCACUUUGUCUCAUCAUCGUCGGUGGCUAUGCUCCAGAAGGACACCAACGAGCUGGGCGAAGUGCCGCCAUCGAGCUUCUGGCCGCCGGCCGACGCUGAAUCCCUGAUGAAGAAUGCCAUCGGGUACGCCGCCAGCAAGUGGAUGGGCGAGAUCCUGCUGGAGCGGGCCCAAGGCGUUCCCGGCGUGGUCCACCGCUUCCCGAACAUUAUGGGACCGGAUGCGCCGGAGGAGAUCCCGCUCGUCGCACUAGACAAGUACUGCACGAUCAUGCGGGCCGUCCCGGCGCUAGAUGCCAGUCAGUGGGUCGGCGAACUCGACAUCAUCGACGUUGGCGACGUGGUGCCUGACUUCAUGGCCACGGCGUAUGCUCACGAUCCCCGCAAGCCCUUCGCCGUCCACAAUUACUGCAGCGACAACAGGUACCUGUUGUCGAACCUCGUGGGCAUGUACAACGCGCGGCUCAACGCGACCGUCGACGUUCUGCCCGUGUCCGAGUGGAUGCAGAAGGCCAAGGACUUGGGGAUGCCCAAGGGUGUCGAGGCCACCUGGACUGGAAGCGAAGUGUUCGUGUCGCCGGUGUUGCGCAAGGGGAUUCUUUAA